AUAACUUUGACAGCUGUGCGACAUGCAGACGCACAACGAAUUCAAAAUGUCGGAAACAAUUGACGAGUUAUUGGCGGGCCUCGCCGCAGCACGCCAGACAAUGCAAAGGCAAAUUGACAAGAUCGGCGAAAUUAUGGAGAAAUCCAAUAGCACUCUAUUGCACAUCGAAUCGCAAAAUACAAAUCUGCAGUUACCCUUGACAACAACAGCGACGACUGCACAAAAUGUGUACAAUGUGAGCGCAAAUUGUCAACAAUCAGUGGUGAAAAUAUUGCUGCAAUUCCAGCAACUCAUCAAACAAACGGCAGGCGGGGAUAGCAAUGCAGAUGGACAAAGUGUACUAAAUAGCUGCCUGUCGAGUCGCCAGCGAAUCGAGUUUCUGGGAAGCAGUGUGCGCAAACUGGUCGGACUUUGCGAUAUAAUUGCCCAGCUAAAGGAGAGCGUCGAGGUUGAGCAACAGUUGAACACAGAUGAGGAGGACGAGUUAUAUAGCGAAUAAAUACACAUUUUUAAUAAACUAAAUAUUGAUAAUAGAA